AAUAAAUUAACACAUUGUAUAUAUAUAUAUAGAUCAAACAUUGUAUUCUACUUCAAUUCCAUAAACCAUAAACAUUAACUUAUAAUCCAAAAUGAGUGAAAUCCAAAAAGAGGAAAUUUACGUUAAGAAAGAAGAAGUUGAAAAGCUAAUGGAAUACCUCCCGAAGGCUAAAUUGAGAACUAGCCAAAAGUUUCACAUGGUCUUGUAUGAAGAUUUUUGGUACUUUGUCAAUAAUUCUUCAUUUAGAAAUGUUCUCACCUUUCAAAAACACUUUGUAGCUCGAGAUAGUGAUAUAUUCAUCACAAGUCUCCCCAAAACUGGUUCAACUUGGUUAAAAUCUCUAUUGUUCAUGAUAGUUAAUCGUGCAAAUUAUCCUAUUGAUCAAAGCCCUUUACUCACCCAUCAUCCCCAAGAACUUGUGUAUAGCUUAGAGACCGAUGUCUAUAAUAAAGCCUUUGAUUAUCCUCAACCACACCACCUUAGUGAGCUUCCGUCGCCUAGGCUUCUUAGCACUCAUGUCCCUUACACAUCCCUUCCUGAGUCAAUUAGGAAUUCUGGGUGUCGGAUUUUGUAUAUUUGUCGAAACCCUUUAGACACUAUAGUGUCAAAAUAUCACUUUGUUGUUGAUGGUAUGAAACACGUGGAAAAUUUUGUAAAACCUUCUUUAGAGGAUUUCUUUGAAGAUUUUUGUGAUGGAAAAGUUGCAUAUGGGCCUUUUUUCGACCAUGUUCUUGGGUUUUGGAAGAUGAGUUUAGAGCACCCUGAUAAGGUGUUAUUUCUUAAGUACGAAGACUUGAAAGAUAAUCCUGUAAAUCACUUGAAGAGAUUGGCGGAAUUUAUAGGUAUGCCCUUUUCAACUCGAGAGGAAAAUGAAGGUGUCAUACAACAAGUCAUAGAGUUUUGCAGCAUUAAAAAUAUGAAGGAGUUGGAUGUUAAUAAGAGUGGUGUAAUCAACAACAUGUUUGAGAAGAAGAGCUAUUUUAGGAAAGGAGAAGUUGGGGAUUGGACCAAUCAUUUCACACCUUCCAUGGUUGAGAGGGUCAACAAACUCAUGGAAGAAAAACUUGAGGGCUCUGGUUUAUCCUUUAAACUAUUGCCUCCUAAUUAAUUUAUGCUUUGUUUUUCUUUGCUUUAAUUGGUUUUUUUUUUUUUUUUUUUUUGAAGAAUUAAUUGCUUUUAAUUUGAAUGUCUUGAUUUGCUUCCUUUCCUUACGAAACAAUUGUAUCCCCCUUUUGAUUUCGCUUUUGAUAAUGAGAAUAAUAAUAUUUACACUUUCUUACGUUAAAAUUAUGGGUAAUGUUAUAUGUAGGCCUAAGGGUUAUAUAUAAGAAAUUAAUACACUCUUGAAAAUGGUAUAAAAUUAGGAAUUCAUGACAAAAACACGAGAAUCAGUUUAAUUAGUGUUUAUAUUUUCAUUAUUUCCAAACUUUACACAAUUUUCAAGUGCAUAUUUAAUGCUUACUAGGUUAGUUCCCGUGUCAUGAAUGUUAAUUUUCAAUAAUCAUUAUUAAACUACCAUUGUAAUUGUUUUUAUAAAGAAAAAAAAAAUCUAAGAAUAUAGUUGACAAAUUUUGAUCAAAGUACAGAACUACAAAGAUAUGUUAGGUAUAAAAUGAUGUAAAAAAUAAUCAAAAUUAUGUUAAGAAUGUUUUUUUUUUAUAGCUAUAUAAAAAUUUGUGUUUAAAUAUGUCAAAUACUUUUAUUUUUAGUAAUUAUAUUGUACUCUACAACAUUAG